GGGAAGCGGGGUGCGGGGGUCAGCUUAUGGCAGAGUCCCAGUGACUGGGAGAUCAGUCAACACGCAGCUUUAUUUUCAACACAAACCUUGAACACCUGCUAUUGCAGCCACACAGAAGCCACGCCAAGGUCACCUUCUCUUUGAACAAUGGCGUGAGAGAGUGUGCGUGUGUGUGUGUGUGGACUGAACAUGGUCAACAUUGUCUUCCUGGCUGCGCUGGUGGUCCUGUCCUUCCUGACCGACGGCGGCUGCCAGAUGCAGUUGGAGCCGCAGAGUCUGACGGUGCUGCGGGGCUCGGAGGCGCGGCUGACCUGCUCCACCAGCGAGCCGUGGUCGGUGAUGGUGUGGCUGCUGAACGGCGCCUCCCUGCUCACCAUCUCCUCGGAGCACGGCGCGCUGCCCUCCGGGGACCCUAACGUGACGGCGGUGGAGGGCCGCGGCGCCGCGGGGAGGUCCAGCUGGGUGCUGGUGCUGCAGGCCGCCGCGAGACGCCACCGGGGGCAGGUGACGUGCGACAUCCAGGGAGAGGACCAGAAGACGGCCAGCCUGUUUGUGCAAGAAAAAGGUAGCAUUGGCAUCUCCGGGGGCAACAGGACCGUUCUGCAGGGUCACAGGGUCAGGUUGGAGUGCGCCGCUGCAAACUGGUUCCCUGAACCCUGGGUUGGAUGGCGGGUGAACGGCGUGGAGGUGUCCCCGGGCGAUUACAACGUCAGCCGCGUGGGGCCCUCUUGGGGCCUCGUCACUAUGACAAGCGACCUGGGCCUGAGGGCCACUGAGAGCUCCCUGGUGGAAUGCCUGGCCUCCGUGACGGCCCUCGCCCAACCGCUGAGCAGCCGCGUCCAUAUAACCGUGGUGGCCGAGGUGCUCCAGGGCCAGGGCGACUGCACAGUCCUGCUGACGGCCACGGCUGUGCUCUCCUCGCUCCUCCUGUUCCUGCUGCUCUCAGUCUGCAUCGUCUGCAGUGUCCUCUGCUGCCGGCGAAGGGGACGCACAAAGUCAAACACAAAGGGGACCAUAAGGUUUAACCAAUCAGGGAGCGGCCUGAGCUCGGUUGCUGAGGCAGCAGGGAAGGUCAACCCGGGAUAUGCUGCCGAGGGCCUCCCAGAUGACUCUACAAAGGGAAUCCACGGUCAGACAGACUCUGUCACCAUCGGCAUGGCUCCAGGUCCCGGAUGUGGUGUCCUCCAGAGGCCGGCCUCUGCCCCAGGAAGGUGGAGCCCAGGUGGACCUGAGCGAGGUGGGCCCCAAGAACGUCCGCGUGGCGACCACAGUAUAGUCUCUCUGGAAGAGGUUUCUGCCUCCUGUGCUCCAUGUCGGGGUUAUAUCACUAUAUAUUCUAUUCCGCCAUUUUUUAUCGCUCGCUUGAGGGAUCGUCUCAGAGCUGGGCUGCACUUAUCUUUUUUUUUAUGUUAGUGUUUGUGUAACGUUAGGGCACAAUCAAGUUCUGAAUCACAUUCGAUAUCUGUAUAUGUUUGGAAUGUUGGUUCAGAUAAUACAAAGGUAUUUGCUUAAUUUCAUUUGUGAUUCUGUACCUUUACAGUCAACUAUAUCAAUGCCCAUCAAUAAACGUACUUAAAAGUG